CUGUUUAUUGGUGUGGUUCUCUAAGAUUGAUCUUACCGUCUAGAAAGAACGUUUCGUCUAUGGUGGAUAAGCGUUGAUUGGUGCGAUUGUAUCGUGCUUGGUCACCUACUAACUGAUAAAAAAAAAGGAUGCUGCAGAAAUAGGCAUUGCAGCUGAGACUAGAAAGUGAUCACAACAUUCUUUAGCAUUGGUUGAGAGUGGGAAGGGAUCAACACCACCACUGCUGCUUCCCACACAUUGAAGAGGCAGCUGCACCAGCUUUUCCGGCUGCACGACUCUGGCCUCGACCAGUCUCUGAUCAAUGCUCUGUCACUCUUUCACUACAAAAACAUCAUAGGAUUGAAGGAGCCAUUUGUCUCUCAUUUCUUGACAAACUCAAAAAGUGUCAAAUUUGGACUUGACUUUUGACAAUUGGUGGAAGAGGGCAGAAAUCCAUUGUAAUACAAGUUGAAUGUCAAUUGUUUAAUCACUAUAUUUAUGGAUGUGAUACUAAUUACAUUAACAUAUAAAUACCUUAAAUAAUUUCUGUUAAAGGUCAAUUACAAUCAAUUGGCGGUUAACGGUUAAAUUCAAGUACUAAAAUUUACUGCUUAAAUGGGUAGACAUGGAGGUUAGAAGUUAACUGUUAAAUUCAAGUAAAAUUUACUGCUCAACUGUCAAUUACUGUUUUCUUCCGCUACGGAAACCAAACCCAGUUUCCAGAGAUGGGUAGACAUGGAGGUUUGAAGUUAAGAGCCAAAACCUCGCUUUUUGUGCUCACCGCCGCCGGAAUCGCCGCCUACGGCUCCUCCGAUUCUGCCGAUACAUCCAAUUUUCCCCUUAGCUUCUUAAAUGGCGUCGUUCGCUCCUCCCGCGCCCUCUUUACCAUUACUUCUUGCGUGGUUGAUUACAAGUACUCGUUGCACGGUUUACCGGUUGAUUCCGACGAGUAUGGAUCCACACUAUCUCAGAUCCAUCUAAGAUCAGCUAGAAGGAUCCAAAAUUUAUGUGACACCAACAAAGGUUUCUAUGUAAAGGCUGGCCAGUUUGUUGCUGCAGCACGACAAGUUCCUCGAGAAUAUUCGUCUACUCUUUCAUCUUUACAAGAUCAGGCAGUUCCAUGUAAUUUUGAAGCUGUCAAGGAAGUUAUAGUAAAGAGUCUGGGGAAGGACAUAUCAGAGAUAUUUCUCUCGUUUGAUGAGCAACCAAUUGCUGCUGCAUCAAUUGCUCAGGUACAUCGUGCCGUCUUGAAGGGCCAUCAGCAGGCAGCUGUCAAGGUCCAAUAUCCAGGAUUAGAGUAUCAAAUGAAAUUUGAUCUUGCUACAAUGGCUUUACUCUCCAGAUCAGUUGCAUGGUUGUUCCCGGAGUACAGGUUCAAGUGGAUGGUAUCAGAAUUUACAAAGUCUAUUGCGUCUGAACUUGAUUUCAUUCAAGAGGCUAAAAACUCAGAGAGAGCAGCAAAUAAUUUUAAAAACAACAAGAUGGUCAAGUUCCCUUUUGUUUAUUGGGAUUUCACAAGCAAGAAGGUCUUGACAAUGCAAUUUUGUGAAGGACAUAAGAUUGAUGAUUUGGAAUAUUUGAAGCGAAUGGGUAUCAAUCCGCUUGAGGUAGCCAAAACCCUCAUAGAUGUCUUUGCUGAGAUGAUAUUUGUUCAUGGUUUCCUCCAUGGGGACCCGCAUCCUGGAAACAUAUUAGUUUCUCCAGAUAGGCACAAUGGCUUUUCAUUAGUCAUUCUGGAUCAUGGGAUCUACAAACAGUUACCUGAAGAAUUCAGAAAAAGCUAUUGCCAUCUCUGGGAUGCCUUAAUUAGACUUGAUUCACAAAAAAUACAGCAGCUGGGUGAAACCUUUGGUGUUGGGAAGUAUGCCAAAUAUUUUCCUGUUAUAUUUACUGGAAGAACCAUUAAUAGUAAAUCAGUGCUUGGGAGAGGAAUGUCGCCUGAAGAGAAGGAACAUUUAAGGGACGAAGUGAAAUCUUUAAAAAUGGAGGAUGUAUCUUCUUUCAUGGAAUCAUUGCCCCCUGAGUUUCUAACCAUACUGCGGACCGAUGGGCUGCUAAGGUCCUUGAUUAGCAAAUUAGGUGCUCCUCAACGAACCCGACUGCUGAUUUAUGCUAAAUGUGCCUUCCGUGGUCUCUCUGCUGAGGAAAAUUCUGAAUCAGCUUUGGUUUUUAUUUUUUCAUCAUUUGUUUUGGAUGGGUAA